AUGGUGGGUACUGUGGAGAAGUAUAGUGGUACUGUUGGAGGAAGUGAUGGUACUGUUGGAGGGAGUGACGGUAGUGGUGGUGGAAGUGACGGUGGUGGAGAUGGAACUGUUGGAGGAAGUGGCGGCGGUGGAGAUGGAACUGUUGGAGGAAGUGACGGUGGUGGAGGUGUACUAUUUGUUGAGGAAGUGACGGUGGGAGGUGGUACUAUUGUUGGAGGAAGUGACGGGGUGGUGGUGGUACUAUUGGGAGGAAGUGACGGGGGUGGAGGUGGUACUAUUGUUGGAGGAAGUGACGGGGGUGGAGGUGGUACUAUUGUUGGAGGAAGUGAUAGUGGUGGUGGUGGUACUGUUGUUGGAGGAAGUGACUGUUGUUGA